UUAAUGCAAUUGACAAGUUGUUUUAUUCCACUACUAUGCGUUUGAAUGUCAAUGGGUUUCUUUCUCCAGGAUUCAGACUCGGUCGCGGUUUAAGGCAAAGGGAUCCCAUUAGUCCUUUAUUAUUCAAUCUAGUACUGGAACAUUUUAUUCGCUCUAUUUUAUCCGAUGGAAGAAUUCAUGGCUCUGAUGGUCCUUCACCAUCCCUAAGGGCACUUUCUGCACCAGUACAAGGUCCUUCAACUCUUCCUCCGCUCAAGGUAUUGGCUUAUGUAGAUGAUCUUUGUGUUUUCUUCGUAAUCAGGACGAUUUACGAGCCUUUCAGGAGCUUGUACGACUGUACAAUCUUGCGUCGAACUCAAAAAUGAAUUAUGACAAAACUAUUGCUUUCUCGCUUUCUGAACAACCGUCUCCUAGCUGGCGCACAAUUAUUUCCACUGCAGACAUCAAUCAGUG